GUGAUGAGGGGGCCUCCGCUGCGGGAACGGCGGGCGGCGACGCGCAGGGCGGCGGCGCCUCGCCCGCCUGCGCCCUCGCCCUCGCCUCGCGCCGCGCCCUCCGCGCGAUCGAGGAGGGCGACGCGCCCGCGGCGGCCGCCGUCGGGUUUUUGCAGGAGGCGCUGGAGUCCUCUGGCUUGCCAGAGGAUUACGCCACUCCCGCGCAGGUGGUCUCAGCCGUCCUCCAGAAGCCCGCCCCCGACGAGCUCCCCGGGCCUCCGGGGCCAGACUUCGACGGCGCUUCGCUUCGCGCUCUGACCGCAGCUCUUCAGGGGCACGCCCGCGCAGCAGACCAGCACCGAGCUUGGAUCCAAGGGAGGCCGAGCGGCCUCAAGCCAGAGCUCGACAAGCAGACUCGCUUGGCGCAGCAGCGCCGGCACGCCGCCAAGCUUUGGAGGGCAGAGGCGAUCUCGUUCGAGGACGGCCAUCCAGAAGCCCACCGUGAUGCGCGCCAGCGCGUGCUUCUGGAGAUGUCCCGCGCGCAGUACCUGCGCCACGUCGGGCAUGCAGUCGUGCAUCUCAAAGCCGCGACCGACCACCUUCAGACGGCAACCCGGCAGCUCAGGAUGGCCGCGAAGGACAAGGACAUUCGUGACCUGGGUGCCCACGCUCUUGUGUUCUUCGCCCCGAACAUUUGCGAGUUGUCGUGGGCCGAGGCAUUGGGCGCGUUGCGCGACGAAAUCGACCGCCUCGACUUCCUGGCGCAGCCGUGUGCGCGCACGGGGUCUUACGAGGCGAAGACUUUGCAUGCCAUCGGCGAGUUCUUCCGGGACAACGCGGCGGCUUCGCUCAGGGACAUCGUCUCUUGCUGGGCCGACCACGUGCCGCACACCAAGCCCUCUGAGUUCAUCGAUCAAUUAUGCGGGGCGCUGCCCCUCCUGGUCGUGGACGUGCGGUUCGCAGGCCGCGGGGCGCCCAGCUUUGAUAACGUAUGGCUUCUAGCAUUGGACAAACUCCCCAACGACGGCGCCGUGUACUUUUGGAGUCUCUUGGACAAGGCCAAUAACACGUGGACUAAGCUCCAGGCCGAGGGCCAGGCAGCUCUCGAGGACCGCGGGGACGCUUCCGAGCCAGCAGCCGUUGCGCCUGAACUGUCUUCCUGUCCACCUCCCGGACGGGGCCGCCCCAGGACGGAGGACACCCCCCACGGCCCUGCCAUUGUCAAGUUCCUCACAGACUACAUCCGCUCACACGGGCAGCCAGCUACAGAUGCCCAUCGUCUAUGCACGACGCCCAGGGUUGUCGGUGCAUCCUUGACUAUGAUGUCCAAGGCGGCCAAGAUAGCCGGGCUCCCUGUGAAGCGAUCCGCCAUCUACGCUCUCAUGCAGAAGCCGCGCCGCAACCUACGGCCAGAGAGCAGCCCGUGCCGGUCCAUCAUCCCCGCCAGACCAGGAGGACUCGUGUGUUCCGAGAACAAAUUCCACGCGCGGUCUGCGUGGUCUGCCACUAAAAUGAAGUACGCUUGCCAAUUCGCCACGAUGCAGAAGGCGGCCGGCUUUCGCGCGGGCGAGCUCCACGUAGACAGCGUGAGCAAG